AUGUUCCUCCCACUUUUCCUCCUCACACUUGCCUUCGUGGCGCUCUCAGCCGUAUUCAUCUUUGGCGACCUGCCCAGCCUCAGAGCUACGCCCAUCCACAAGCUCCGUCUCCAGCUAGUACUCCUUUGGAACCGUUUGGCUGCCAGCUACCACCACAUCGACACCAACGUGUGCCAUGGACGACUAGCGUUCUACUUGAACGCGGUAGUGCCAGUGGCGUAUCUCGGACUUGUCACCUUCUGCCUCCACCAGUUCUUCUCCAAAACCUACCCUGUACUUUUGCAGACACCCCAUGGCCCCAAUCGCAGCUAUAUCGCCUUCACGGUCGUCUUGGUGUACGUGGCUACCGCGUUGGCAGUGUUUUCAGACCCUGGCCAUGCUAGCGACUCCGCCCUGCGCAGGUUCAGAAACAACCAAUUGAUCUUCUUCGACAACAAGGUGUGUCACACAUGUGACCUCGUCAAGCCAGCACGGUCCAAGCACUGCUCGGUGUGCAACAGCUGCUAUCUCUUGUACGACCACCACUGCGUGUGGAUCAACAACUGCGUGGGCUACUACAAUUACCGCUGGUUCGUGUUGUAUCUCGUGGCCAACAUCAACAUGUUGGUCUACGGAGGCUACGUGUGUUUCGUGUCCCUCCAGUUCGAAAGGGCACGGUUACAGUCACCUGGGUGGUGGAGCCUUAUCAGCCAAACCACCGCUGCUAACGAGGUCACAGGCAUUUUUGUGCUUUUGUGCAUUCCGUUCGCUAUCAUCGCUUCAUUGUUUACUGCUCUCCACAUUCGUUAUAUUUACCUCGGAGUCACAACCAACGAGUUGGAUAAGUGGUCAGAAAUUGAGCAUUUGGUCCGCUUGGGCGCGUUGUACCAUUUGCAGAGCUCCGACAUCAACGGAGAAACCUACUUAGAGCAGGCCAGCACCAAGGACGGCCAAACUGUGUACAUCAGCUUAAAAAACGAGGCGAUCUUGAUCCAGGGUUCCGAUGUACACCACUACGACUUGAGGCAAAUCACCUCUGUGGAGAAUGAGUUGACCAAUAUCUACGACAGGGGAUUCUGGAAUAAUGCCCGCGAAAGGCUCUUAUUGGAAUGA